GCCUCCGGGUCUCUAUAAUCGCGUGCGGAAGUGUGAAGAUGAGUGGUGUCAGUGGUGGUUAAUGCGCACGCGCUAGCGGAAGUGGGUGUCGCCGGGGCGCAACGGAGGGGACGGAGAUGUUGUCGCCGCUGGUUCCCGGACUGCAUUUUCUUCAGGCCAGAAAUGUGUGCGAUUCUGACUCAACUGCAGAAUUGGUAACGUGCCACAUGAUCUAAGAGGUCUUUGCCAGGGCUGCUGCAAGACACAAUAUGGAGGAAGGGGUAGAAUUGCCGUGCGAAACGGAGAAGCUGGACAUGACAGCAUCCAUUGCUCCCACGUUCAGCCGGCAGAUCUCCAUGAGCGAAUUCUCUUGCCACUGCUGUUAUGACAUUCUGGUCAACCCGACCACCUUGAACUGCGGGCACAGUUUCUGCAGGCACUGCCUCGCCUUGUGGUGGGCCUCCUCCAAGAAGAACGAGUGCCCGGAAUGCCGGGAGAAGUGGGAAGGGUUCCCCAAGGUCAACAUCCUCCUCAGGGAUGCCAUCGAGAAGCUGUUCCCAGACGCCUCUGAGCAGCGGAAAGACGACAUCCGGCAGAACAGUGACGUCUCCCGCAGCCUUGCGGCGUUUCAGAAGUACGGGAACGGCCAGGCAUCCUCGGCACCAAACGCGGGAAGGGUUAAUCCUCGAGGAGGGGGUUUUUUCUCCGGAGUCCUGACGGCUCUAACUUGCGUGGCGGUGGUCUUGCUCGGCUAUCACUGGAGCAGCAGAGAGCUGGAGGAUGACCUCCUGGUCCACAAGCCGGUGGUCAGGUGGGGAGCCGAAGAGGUGAUCCACUGGCUCGGGCAGCUGGGACCUUGGGCUGCCCUCUACAAGGAGCGGUUUCUGCUGGAGAGAGUGAACGGCAGGCUUCUCUUGACGCUGACAGACGAAGAUUUUGCCAAGGCUCCUUACCACAUAGAGAACAGCAGCCACAGAAAAGCCAUCUUGGUGGAACUGGACCGGGUGAAGAUGCUGGGCGUUAAGCCGCCACAGAACCUUUGGGAGUACAAGGCGGUGCACCCGGGCAAGUCCCUCUUCCUGCUCUACGCCUUGAAGAGUUCCCCGAGGCUCACUCUGCUGUACCUGUACCUGUUUGACUACACAGACCUCUUCCUCCCUUUCAUCCACACCAUCUGCCCAAAGCAGGAAGAGGAGCUGGAAGACAUUCUGGCAAAAUUGCUGGACCUGAAGGAGCCGGCGUGGAAACAGUGGCGGGAAUUCCUGGUCAAGUACUCCUGCCUGCCCUACCAGCUGAUAGCCGAGUUCGCCUGGGACUGGCUGGAGGUGCAUUACUGGACGUCCCGCUUCAUCAUCGUCAACGCCAUGCUGCUCUCCGUCCUGGAGCUCUUCUCCUUUUGGAGACUGUGGUCCAGAAGGGAACUGAAGACGAUCCCCCACCGGAUGUGGAGCCACUUCUGGAAGGUGUCCACGCAGGGACUUCUGGUGGCCAUUCUGUGGCCUCUGAUGCCCCAGUUUGUGUGCAACUGCCUCUUUUACUGGGCCUUGUACUUCAACCCCAUCAUAAACAUUGACCUGGUGGUCAAAGAGAUCCGCCGCCUGGAAACGCAGGUGCUUUGAUGGGACCUCCCGGGCUCCUCCCGGGGCGGCGCCACGUCGUGAGCCGUCCCGAAGGCUGAUGGGGCGGCAGGCGACUCGUUCUUUCGACGGUGAUAAAACCUGCCACGACUUCCUCCUUUUUGCUCUGACCUCCUCUUGGGAGGAAGUCUCCCUCUUUUCUUGUCAGUGUGGUAGAAACAACCAGGGCAUUUGGGGGGGGGUGUAAUUUUUCCCAGGGAGGCCAGCUUGCCUUGUUGAUGGGGUAUCCCUCGGGUCUGCAACCUGCGGCUUUCCAGAGGUUCAUGGACUACAAUGCCCAUCAGCCCCUGCCAGCAUGGCCAGUUGCCAUGCUGUCAAGGGCUGAUGGGAAUUGUAGUCCAUGAACAUCUGGAGAGCCGCACGUUGCAGACUCCUGGGCUAUCCAAAGCACAGCUGUGUGUGUUUGAUUUUUUUUCAGUCUCUGGAAAGGUAGGUAUGGGAAUCUGGGCAAAAACCAAAGUGGCCAAGUCUUUUCUCAGUUCUGUGUGCUGAAAAAUGCUUGUGUAUCUCGUUCCGGCCUUUGUAGACAUAAAAGGAUGGUUACCACCUGAAAGGGCACUGAAAAAAAUAUUUCAAUCCUGAUUUGGGGCCUCUUUCUCCCCCUUCCAUUUUUAUGAAUCGAAGCAGCAAUGUGAUGUUUCUGUUGCCAUAUUAAUUUUCUACGUCCACUUCCAAUUACAAUCCCUUCUUUUAAACCAAAAAAUGGUACCCUGCAUGCAAAUAAUCAGCUGUGAAGUAGUGGCUUUGUCUCUCCGGUGCCACACCUGUUUUGUUUAAAUGUCAUCCAGACCUCACGUAGCUUUCUUUUAAAUGCUUGUUCCCUGAGAACGGAGCUAGAUUGUGCAUUUGUAUUAAUAUGAUCUUCCGAUUUGCAUAUGAACCUUUUGGAGAAUUAAACAAGGUUGUUUCUUUUUCUAA